GAACUAUCGGCAAUUUUAUUUAGCAUAACAUCUUUCGCCGCAAUCCUCGUUCUUCUUCCCCUCUACGAGAAUAAGCCGUUGUCAUCCUGGACCUUCUCUAUAUCGUUCAACGCCGUCAUCUCUAUUCUCGGAGCUACGUCCCGGGCCUCUCUGGCAUUCGCCAUCAGCGCUUGUAUCAGUCAGGGAAAGUGGAACUGGUUCCGAAGAAAAGACGAAAAUGUCAUGGUCUUCGACUGUUUCGAAGAAGCCAGUCGAGGACCCUGGGGAAGUGUUCGACUGCUUUGGUGGACCAAACUUUCACAUUGGAUCGCUCUUGGCGCCCUUUCAGCAGUCGUAUUAGUAGGCUUUGAACCCUUUCUGCAAGCCGUCAUCGCUUUUUCCGGAGAAGACGUCACUGUCGAAGGCUCAGCAAUGAAAAAUGGUAUUGGAAAGACCCAGAGACUAGACGCGGGAGAGUUUUCAGUCUAUGGGUUUGGCCAAACGAGCGUCAAGAUGCCAAAGCCCUGGGACUUUUUCAGCCAGGUAGCCAUGAAGUCCAAGUGUGACUUUGGCGCAAUGGCAGCAGUGUGGGAAGGCUUCUCCGAUCUCAGCUCUUCCGAAACUGCAAAGCCAGCAUUUGAGUGUCCAACAGGCAAUUGUACCUGGGAUCCAUUCUCAUCAGUCGCGGUCUGCAGUUCAUGCAACGAUAUAUCACACGCGAUGAAUAAGUCGAAAGGGAAAACAUAUCUUAGGGACGAAAUCAUUACCCUACCGGACAGGAUGAACUUUCCCGAUAACUUCCUGCAUAACUACACCAGAUUUGAGAUUCCGAAACUAAACCUUAGCAUAUCAAACUUCGAUGGGCUCAGGGCUGUUGGAGUAAACAUUGACGAGGAAGUCAGAAGCGCCGAAGUUACCGCACGAUCGACUUACAACCCAGGACGAACACUGACGUUUGGACAUCUCCAAUCCAUGAUAUUUUCUUUCUCUAUAAUGUCAGCAAGCACCGACUAUCGUCAACAAAAGCAGCGUUGGGAAGACAAAGAUGUUACGGCCGACGAGUGCGCGCUCUACUUUUGUACCAAUACCUACCAAUCAGUUGUCGAACAAAAUGUACUGCACGAAAAAGUCAUCAGUUCUCGAGCCAACCGGAACCUAGACUCCUUCCUUACUGGGGCAUACUUGAAUAACUUCGCCCUCACCAAGGCUUUCAACGCCUAUAUGAACUAUUCACUUCAUAUCGGAAUCUUGGACUCGCCCCGCACAGAUCUACAACUCCUCAUUUCUCAGGAUGAGUACUUCAACGACACUGGUGUGGCCUUAGAAGAAGAUUUGAGGUUCAAUAUCUCACACAACACCGUUGGCAGCCUCAUUGAAUGGAUCGCUGUAGGACUGACAGGCCGGAAAGACACAGCAUCAAACGUACCAGAUGAGACGGAACUACUAGUGUAUCCUUGGGCUGCGGGCACAAGUCCUGGCAAAACGCCGACGGACAUUGUCACCAGUUUUGCAGCUUCGCAGAACAUGUCAAGGACAUUUGAAACGGUCGCCGCGAGUCUGACAAAAUGGAUCCGAAAUCGUUCGCUACAAAGUGAUCCGCACCCGGGGGUAAUGAACAUAUGGGAAAUCAAGAUCAGAGUGAACUGGGCAUUCUUGUCACUACCAAUUGGGGCGUUGAUAGGCGGUUGUAUCUUCUGUAUACUGUCGAUGUUGGAGACGCGAAGGCUCAGGCUACCGGCCUGGAGGGGAAGCUCCUUGGCGACGCUAGCCCACGGUCUUGACGCGGAGUCGAGGGCUUUCUUGAGAGAGGCGAGUGAUAGUGCUCGUAUCGCUUCCCAGGCGCGAACUUUGGAGGUCAAGUUUGUCGAUUCCGAAGGCGGACCGGAGCUAGUU